GCAACCUGGCCUGCUGUAUACCAACCUUCCAGGUCCAUCGUUACCAACCUCUGAUCGAACGCUUCGGAUCUCACACGCUCACUUUUCGAGCGCAUAUACCUUACAUACUUCCGAUCCCACACACGGAAUCACCGCUUACUUCAUUAUUUAUAAUUAUAACUUUCUGCCAAUAUGUCCAGCAUGGAUCGCCCCCCGCAACAUCCCCGAUCCAAGUCUACCUUCAGCUUCAAGAGUGAAAAGAGCCACAAGUCGCAGGGCUCGACCAGCACUAAGACCAUCAAAGAGACUGCUGAGGAGAAACGAAAAAGCCAUUUCACUCCGACCGGCAAAGCAGACCCCAAUGCGGCAAUGAAUGAAGCGCAACCUACUGCAGCUCUAGAGAAAUCGACUUUAGCGCCUCUGCGAUCGUUCUCCCACCUUGAUACAUUUGGUAAUCCGAUCGCUGAACCGGACCUUUCGAAUCCAACAAGACCACGUUGGGAACGUCCCCUCGAUACAAUAAAGUCCUUCGAAGCGGCAAUCGAUACCGAAUACAAGAGACGGACUUUGCUGAGAGCCGAUACAGCGCCUGAUGCGGCCAGUACAUACCAAAGCCGCAGGAGCAGUUAUUUUGCCGGCAAUAAUGAGCGAACGCAGACCCGUCACUCGAACAUAGGAGGCUGUUACGGUAAUGGCAAUGGUGGUGCUCGAGAAAACUACAAUGAUCAAACUUAUGCACCUCCCGUAGCUGGUCCCUCACGAAACCGAUAUAACCAGCGAAUGAUGUCGGAUCCACAAGCCGGUCGUUAUAACAACGGUGCUCCGGUGUAUCCCAAUGCAGGCUACCAACAAUCUCGCGAUACCGUCAACACAGGUGUUUCUGGGAGUGGCAGUGAGCCGUGGACAAAUACCACUGAUCCAAGCAGUGAGAAUAGUUCGAUUGAAAGGAACAUACCCGUUAACAGGGCAGAUGCUGCUGAUCAAUAUGCAUUUACUGGGUUUGGUAGUGCUCCUAUCAUGGAAGAAUAUGGCCCUGAUGCCAAUUACUCGUGUUUACACAUGGCACCAACAGGUACCUACUCUCCGCCUAACUAUCCAAAUGCUCUUGCACCUACAGUUCCACCAAAAAAUUCUUCUGGGAAAAGCCAUAUUCCGCUCGGAAUUAGUCCUAGUACGACUGGAGAGGCCGUGCGUAACAACGAAUCGAGGCCACGGACGCUGUCUAGAAGAGAGUCGUCAGGCGACAAGAGGAAAAGUUGGUUCAAAAGAAAAUUCAGCAAGGAUUGACUUGUGGACUUUUGUAAUUCUUGGUAGUAUCACAACCUUUAAACGCUGGCAAAUAAAAGAUUUCUUUUGCAGGCGUCCUAAGGUUCUCCAGUGGCUAACGGGCAUUAUCGGACAGGGGUGGUGAAUAUGGAUCUGCACCUGCAUGUUCCAUAUAUAAUUACCAUUACAAGACAUUCAUUGAACUAUCUAGGCAUGAGUUUCGCGUCGGUGCAGAGA